AUGAUUAUGUCUCUUUCACUUCUCUAUCGCUCAAGGCCCUGCCGGCAAAGCAAUGUAUUGUCGCGAAUUUUAGCUCUGCGGAGCUAUUCCACUACCGCUCCACCUGUGGACGGAACGCUGCCACUAGCAGGAAUCCGCGUGCUUGACAUGACCCGAGUGUUGGCUGGACCAUAUUGCACUCAAAUCUUAGGAGACCUUGGGGCGGAUGUGAUCAAAGUCGAACACCCUGUCAGAGGUGACGAUACUCGAGCAUGGGGUCCUCCGUACGCCAAGUACGAGGAUGCAUCACAGAAAGGUCCCGGUGAAAGCGCCUAUUACUUGGCAGUAAACCGCAACAAAAAGUCGCUCGCAUUGUCAUUUCAGCACAAGUCCGGCGUCGAGAUCCUCCACAAGCUCGCAAAGGAAUGUGAUGUGUUCGUCGAGAAUUAUGUCCCAGGAGCGCUGAAGAAAUAUGGAAUGGACUAUGAGACACUUUCAAAGAUCAAUCCUAAGUUGAUUUACGCCAGUAUCACAGGUUAUGGGCAGACUGGGCCUUACAGCAACCGAGCUGGGUAUGAUGUUAUGGUGGAGGCGGAGAUGGGGUUGAUGCACAUUACAGGGUCACGCGACGGCCCUCCCGUCAAGGUUGGUGUCGCGGUCACCGACCUGACCACAGGUUUGUAUACUUCAAAUGCCAUCAUGGCAGCUUUACUGGCGCGAAUGAGAACGGGCAAGGGCCAGCACAUCGACGCCUGCCUGAGCGACUGUCAGGUCGCCACUUUGUCUAAUCUGGCGAGCUCUGCUUUGAUCAGCGGUCAGAAGGAUUCAGGACGUUGGGGUACUGCGCAUCCCUCAAUUGUCCCGUAUCGAAGCUACAAGACUAAAGAUGGUGAUAUCCUCUUUGGAGGUGGCAACGACCGUCUGUUUGGUGUUCUGUGUGAUCGGCUGGGCUUCCCUGACUGGAAGAGCGACGCUCGUUUUGUGACGAACAGCGAUCGUGUGAAACAUAGAGAAGAUAUUGACGGGUUGAUUGAGGCCACGACUCAGCAGAAGACUACCAAAGAAUGGCUGGACAUUUUUGAAGGAAGUGGCAUGCCAUAUGCAGCGGUUAAUGACAUUCAGGGGACAUUGAACCAUGAGCAUGUUCUCGCGCGAAACAUGGUUACCGAGGUUGAUCAUCCAGCCUGCGGUCCCAUCAAGCUUGUCAAUACACCCAUCAAGUAUUCUGAAGCCAGGCCCGGUGUGCGCACGCCUCCUCCAACCCUGGGUCAACACACAGAUGAAAUUCUUGCGAAUUUCUUGCAAUACACCAAAGAUGAAAUUUCGCAGUUAAAGACGAAUGGUGUGGUGGCGUGA